AUGAACUUCCUAUACAGCUCCAUUCUGGUGCUUCUAGUCGUUAGCUUAGGCUACGCCCGCCUGAUAGCACCUUCCCGGGCAGUACUCCCCCGUGUGGCGGAAGGAGAGGAAGCGAAACGUGGCCAGUUCCCGUACCAGGUGGCACUGACGCUGAAACGUCAAACAGUAUGCGGUGGUGUGAUGGUACACGAACGGUUCUUCCUAACCGCUGCGCACUGUUUCUUCAAGGGCGAGACUCCAGUUCCGGUUGAAGAACUCAACGUGUUCUACGGCUCGGAGAAACUGUUCUCCGGUGGCAAGUACAACCGCGUCAAGACGGUCCACUUCCACGAGGAGUACGAUCACGGCUUCAAGUACGAUCUCGCCCUGGUGGAGGUGAAGCGUAAGUUUGAGUUCUCCUUCACCGCCCAACCGGUCGCGUUCGGGUUGGAAACGUUCGGUGAGUCGAUGCCGGCCACCGUGUCCGGGUACGGCCGUGCCACGGUCGAAGGAAACAUGAUGUUCCGGCUGAAGUAUGCCGAGUUGACGUCGCUAUCGGACGCCGAAUGCCGCGAAGCGACCGGAGACAACUACUACGAGGGAGUAUUCUGCAUGGACACGACCUCCGGUGCGGGGCUGUGUAUGGGUGACUACGGAGGACCAGCCGUGGCCAACCAGACGCUCGUCGGUGUCGGUAGCUACACCGUCGGAGGCAACUGUGGUGAGGGCCAACCGGACGUGUUCGUCGACGUUGGCCACUUCAGCUCGUGGGUGCAAUCGAAACUAGAACCCGAAACGGAGGAAUAA